CGCCGCGCCGCUGGAUCGACCGCUGUCUGCCGCGGGAAAACUUCAGAUCCGGUUCGCUUUCCACGGCUGACGUCAUUACCGUUCACAAUGCGCUAGGGGUGAUGGAGACAGUGGGCAAGCAAGUUCAGGUAGUGAGUGGACUGGGGGUGGGGGGUCCGGUGGGCCCUGUGGGCCCAGUGGGGGGAGAUCUGCAUCACCAUCAUCAUCCACACCCGCACGCCCUUCCUCCGCACCCGCACUCCCACCCCCACGGUCACCCCCAUGGGUCCCACGGCCACUCGCUCGCGACGUCGAACCCCGGCAGAGGUCAGCCUCAACCACCAACUUCGCAUAACCAGCACGUACCUGCGAGGUCCACUCCCGUACAGCUGCAUAGUUUUCACAAGACACUUUUAGCAAAUGAGGAAAAUCCAAUAUUAGGAGAUAUCCAUACAGAGAUCAAGAUAAAUCUUGAAGUCGCGAGAAAAUUGGAGGAACCGCCCUGCCAUAUCGGCCGUGGAUGUCAAUAA